AUGGCGCUGGAGUGGGCGCUGGAGUGGGCGCUGGAGUGGGCGCUGGAGUGGGCGCUGGAGUGGGCGCUGGAGUGGGCGCUGGAGUGGGCGCUGGAGUGGGCGCUGGAGUGGGCGCUGGAGUGGGCGCUGGAGUGGGCGCUGGAGUGGGCGCUGGAGUGGGCGCUGGAGUGGGCGCUGGAGUGGGCGCUGGAGUGGGCGCUGGAGUGGGCGCUGGAGUGGGCGCUGGAGUGGGCGCUGGAGUGGGCGCUGGAGUGGGCGCUGGAGUGGGCGCUGGAGUGGGCGCUGGAGUGGGCGCUGGAGUGGGCGCUGGAGUGGGCGCUGGAGUGGGCGCUGGAGUGGGCGCUGGAGUGGGCGCUGGAGUGGGCGCUGGAGUGGGCGCUGGAGUGGGCGCUGGAGUGGGCGCUGGAGUGGGCGCUGGAGUGGGCGCUGGAGUGGGCGCUGGAGUGGGCGCUGGAGUGGGCGCUGGAGUGGGCGCUGGAGUGGGCGCUGGAGUGGGCGCUGGAGUGGGCGCUGGAGUGGGCGCUGGAGUGGGCGCUGGAGUGGGCGCUGGAGUGGGCGCUGGAGUGGGCGCUGGAGUGGGCGCUGGAGUGGGCGCUGGAGUGGGCGCUAGAGUGGGCGCUGGAGUGGGCGCUAGAGUUGUCGCUGGAGUGA